CGUUAGCAGUUAUGACAACAAUCUAACCUUGUAAUCAUCUGCCAAAUCUCUCUGCUUUCCACACGGACUUAACCCAGUUAAUAGUGGUUCAUAUCAGAUUUAGCCCUUAUUGAGGUUGCACAGGGAUAUAAACUGAGUCUAGUUACCACUGAAUACCGCUCGAACUUCAUUUACCGUGAAUAGCCCUAUUCAUCGCCUUUUAGAUCACGACAGUGACCACAAUGAGACUGGCAAUAAGUCUUAUCAUAGUCGCUAUCGCAGUGGUAGUCCGAGGGCAGUUGGAAGAGGUGGUUGAUGAGCAGCCUGUGGUCAUAGAAGCUGUACCCCCAAUAGAGGAAAUCACUGUAACUCCUGAAGCUGAAGUCACAACAGCACCCGCAACAACAACAGCAAGCCCUGAGCAACGACGCGAAGAUGAAUUUGACCAGCACACUACCUACUUAUUACUUAUCCCAAAAGUUUUACACGUGGGGACAACAGAGACAAUUUGCCUCAUGGUAACCAAGUGCGAAGGCGUCUUGGAAUACAAGGUGUCGUUCUUGAGACCGAUUCCAAACCAGUACGAGCAGUACGAAGAGUACGAUGACUACUCGAACGAGGCGAGCCAAGGAGAAAACUGUUUUAACUAUAAUGUACCGCUUGGUGAGUUUGGAUUUAGUCAAAAGCAAAGGGUUCGCCUUCAACUUCGACGGGUAGGAUCGGAAGAUGUGAAUGAGGACGGAUACGAAGUCACGAAGGAGAAACAUGUGACAGUGCAGGCUGGUGGUCGUUUUCGGACGUACAUCCAGACAGACAAACCAAUUUACCAACCUGGCCAAAAGGUUAGCUUCCGUGUACUGACACUGAACAGAGAACUGAAGACAGUCACCGAACCUUUUGAUUCGGUUAGAGUGGAGAGAGGGGGAAACGGUAGAGUGCUGGUCGGCAAGUGGGACAAAGAUGACCUUGAAGGAAACCAAGGCCUAUUUGAAUUAUAUCACCAACUCCCAGAUGAGCUUCCUGAUGGGGUCCCAAAAUUGACUUACUACAUCAAGGCCACACGAGGGAGCGAAUCGGUAACACAGACCUUUGAUGUUGAAGAGUAUGUUCUUCCAAAGUUCGAUGUCCAAAUUAUAACCGCUCCGUACAUCCUUAUAACCGAUACCGAAUCCAUUAUCAAGGUCUGUGGAGUUUACACGUAUGGCCAACCCGUACUUGGCGAUGUGCAAGCUAAUGUCACGGCUAAACCCAGAUAUUACCGGUAUCGAGGUUCGUCUACAAUUCUCCAGCUCUCAGGGAGUACUGAUUCCAGUGGAUGUGCUAAGAUCAAGGUCGACCUGAAGGCAUUUCAGCUUACGUCGUCUUUCAUCAAUCUGGAUGUAGUUGCCGCCUUUACUGAAGGCGCAACAGGUGAAGUCCGAACUGCAAGUUCUUCAACAAGUUUGAGCGCUGAUCCAUUUAAACUAGUUUUUGAAUCGAGACAAAAUGAAUUUGGCAAUCCAACGGACACAGAUUACUUCAGACCCGGACUACCCUUCUUUGGAGCGGUCAAAGUAACAAAUCCUGACGGAUCUCCAAGGAGCGGCGAGGCUGUCGUUAUUGGAUGCAGAGGCUUGUCCUCCACAGUACAGGCGUCUUCCAAUGACGAUGGAUUCGCAGAAUUCGUCUUACCCUUACAAGCAACUUUCCCGACAUUCGACAGUGAAGACUCCUUGUUUUGCAAUGUGACUGCUGAGAAAUACCAAGAGCAGGAAUCAUCUAGCCCUGAUUCCCCCGCCCUUAACAGACCAAUCGAUUACCUCUCACUUAGUUCUUUGUAUUCCCCUACCGACAACUAUCUGGUUAUCGAGCCCGUAAUCUACUCUGGAAAAGGUUGGAAAGCGGGUGACGUCAUAAACCUCCCAGUCCACGUGACCAGUUGCUCUGAUGGCCCUCAGGUUUUGGCUGUGUCCCGGGGCCACAUCCUCAGACAGGAUGAUAUCAAAUACAAAGCCGCACUUCGAGAACAAGAGAUCGGGACCGUCUACGACGUCAGCUUAAAGCUUACGACGUCAAUGACUCCACUCCUCAAUCUCCUGGUCUACUGUCUUGAGAACGGCGAGAUGAUAGCGGAUAGUUUAGAAAUCCGUAGUGAGUCUGCGUUUGAGAAUGAGGUCCAUAUCCAGGUUGCUGACGGGAAGAAUGCUCAACUGGAACCAGGCGCGCAGACAACCAUCGACAUCGUCGCAUCCCCUGGCUCACUUUGCGCGGUCGGAGUGGUUGAUCAGAGCGUGCAUCUCCUUGGAGGCAACAACCAAAUUCAGACAUCUGAUGUAGUUAGUUUUCUAAAUACAUUCCAGUUGAGCCCCGGUGACAACCAGAAUCCACCUUGCUUGGACAAUCCUACGAUUGUUGACGAGAAUAAAGGCGAACCAGAACCACUGCCGCAACCGAUACUUCUGGCGGAACCGCAGGUAGAACUUCAAGAAGAAGAAAUUAUCGCGAUAGCUCGUAAGAAGCGGCAGGUGGCGUUUCCAUUUUUCCCCUCACCUUACCAAAGGGAUCCUUCUCCGCGCCAUACUGAUGUCACGAAGGAAUUCGAGCAACUUGGUCUCGUACGGAUGUCAAAUCUUCAGAUUGAGACUAGUCCAUGUGUGCAACCGGAACCAUUUCCAUAUUACCGGUCCGAACAAUUCGCGUUUGCUGAAGCCGAUUUUGCAGUAGCUUUUGCUUCUGCAGCCUUGCCCGCUGGUCCAGCUAUUCGCACGUAUUUCCCAGAAACCUGGCUUUGGUAUUUACAACCUUCAGAGGAAUCUCAGACCGUAACUGUUCCUGAUACCAUAACACGAUGGGAAGGUAGCGGGUUCUGUAUCUCUCCAGAAACUGGAUUUGGAGUCUCCAGUCCCUUUUCAGUUACAGCCUUCAAGCCAUUUUUCGCGGAUUAUGUUCUUCCAUACUCCGUCAUACGAGGCGAGGAUCUUGAAUUCCAAGUCACUGUCUUCAACUACCUGAGCAAUUGUUUGCCGGUUAAGGUAACUCUGACUCGGUCCGAUGACUUCGAGAUCACGGAUGGCUCCAAUGUCCAAUAUUCCUGUGUAUGCACCUCGGCACCCAGUCCGGUGAUAUAUAACAUUAAGCCCACAAAACUCGGAGAUGUAGAUCUUGAAACGACUGUGGUAGUUGCAUAUGACCAGCCUAUCUGCACCGAGCAGCAGCCAAUUGAAUUAAAUGUAACACACAGCGAUGGACUAAGUAAACCACUUCUUGUAGAGCCUGAAGGUGAAGAAGUCGCUGAAUCACGGAGCUUGUACUUCUGUCCCUUAGAUGAAGAGGAUGGGGAAUUCCGUCAUGUAUUUGAAAUUGGAUUUCCGGAUCAUUAUGUUGAGGGGUCUGGCAGAGUUAUUAUCCAAGUCACAGGGGACAUUCUGGGCAAUAGUCUGACGAACAUUGACCAACUGUUAAGGAUCCCUUACGGAUGCGGGGAGCAGAACAUGAUUGGGUUCGUCCCAAACAUCUAUGCUCUUCUUUAUCUACAAGCGACGAACCAAGAUGAUCCAACACAAACCAACAAAGCCAAGAAUAACAUGGUGCUCGGUUACCGGAAGCAGCUAAACUACCGUCGUAGAAGCGGUUCUUACUCUGCGUUUGGCGACAGGGACGAAACUGGGAGUGCAUGGCUGACAGCGUACGUAGUGAACGCUUUUGCCCAGGCCAGCAAUUUCAUUACAAUCGAUCCGAACGAUCUUGCAACAAGCAUCAGAUGGUUGAACACACUUAAAAAGGACGAAAACCAAUGCUUUCUUCCAAAGGGUCGAGUUAUACACAAAGAGAUGCAGGGAGGAGUGAAUGACGAAGUGACUUUGACAGCUUAUAUCCUCAUCAGCUUAAUUGAGGCCCACGGUUCAACUGAGUCCAAUGAUGUAAAAGGAGCUCUAUCCUGCAUCCACACGUAUCUUAAUUCUAUUGGCGAUUUGAAAGGUGUCGAUACGUAUGCUGCAGCCCUCAUUGCCUAUGCGCUGAGCGUAGCUAAGGAUGAAAAUGUUGGGAAAGUUUUGGAACACCUGGAAUCGGUUGCUGUAAAUGAAGGCGGAUUGAAAUACUGGAAAAGCAGUCGGCCACAGCCAGUAUCAUCUAGACGCUAUCACCACGGUGCCUCGGCGGACUCUAUCAGUAUUGAGUUAACUGCGUAUGUACUCUUAACCCUCAUCAACGUUUACGAAAGUGGUGACGCCGUCGUUCGAGGCUCGCCCAUCUCAAAGUGGCUCGUGACGCAACAGAAACCGAAUGGAGGAUUUACAUCAUCGCAGGAUACAGUCGUCGCACUCCAUGCCCUAGCCGAAUACGCCAGGCUUGUAUAUGGUGGAACUGUCAACCUGGGAGUUGCCUUCAACAGCAAGAAUGGUGCCGAUUGUUCACUGAACUCUCUAUUCCUCGUUAAUGAAGGCAAUCGCCGUGUUCUGCAGAGCGCCCUAAUUGAUUACUUCCCAGAUUCCAUCGAAGUUCUUGCUACUGGUGAAGGAUGCGCCAUUAUUCAAGUGAUCGAGCGAUAUAACAUUCACCCCACCCCACCAGCUGAGCCACCAUUCACCCUCACCUAUUCUGUGGAACCAACAGGACUUAAAGGCUCUUGUGAAGACAACUUCAAACUCAAAAUAUGUGUGAGCUAUAGGCCUUCUGAACCUACUGAUACAGCUUCUAACAUGGCGUUAGUUGAGGUAAAGUUGGUGACCGGCUACAUUCCAGACCGACAAUCUUUGAAUCAGCUGAGAGGACCUCUGUCACCAACAAAGGUCUCCCGAGUGGAAUACAAGAAGAAAACAGUCACUGUGUAUUUCAAUGAGUUAACUGAGAAGAGUCUGUGCUUCGACUUUACGGUUAGACGUGUCAACAGAGUGAGAGAACCUAAGCCCGCUAUCAUCACGGUCUUUGACUACUAUUCUCCAGAUACGGUUCUCACAACGGAGUAUGUGAUUGCAUGCCCGAAGCGACUGCCUCCAGUUGAAAUACAACCUCUUCCGGUGGAAGUACAGGUGGAAGAAGUGAACAUAGACGUUGAUGACGGCGUAAUUGCGCAGGAAUAGAAGAAAAGAGGAUGAAUAAUGGGAGGAAACGGAGGAAACUAAAAAGUCCAAGGGUAAAGAAGAUUCAGAAGAUGGAGAAUGAGUUGGCUUUAAAGCCAGAAUAUAAUUUUGAUUAGGAUUCAGAAAUAUUUACAUUACACUUCCGUUCUCAUUUAAUUCUUACCAAUUUGUAGGUACCGUCAUAAACUAUCCUAACAUUGUCUGUGUUGAAUGUACCUGUAGAAGUUCUUUACGAAAGGAGAAAAAUGCACCAAUCAUCAGAGAUUAUCAUUUCAAACCAGUUAACUUUACCCUAUCAUUUUCAUCCUAUCUGAAAACAUAAUCCGCUAUAAAUGAAUUACUGAACCCGCUUGUGUAAUACUUAUUGUGAGAUAACAAUCAUAAUACAGAGGGUGGUGGCGGUUGAGACAUUUUCAACAUCUCUCAUCCACCUCCCUCAUGGGCUCUCUCUCUCUCUCUCAUCUUCAUAAAAGUUGUCUUUUUUCAGCUACCGGUUAUUGAUACUUAAUACCAUAACUGGUAUUGUGUAACCACUAUGGGAAUACGUUGAAAUUAUUACUAACUUUAUGGAAAUACUUCUAUACUUGAGACCUCUGAAAUGUAAGGAAUAAAAUUUUGGAUAGAAAUUUCCAAGGGCAAUAGAUAAAGAAAUUAAUAAGAUAAAGAUAACAACGGACAAUAAAAAAGUAACAAUAAAAUUGUAAUUAUUAUGUUAAUCUAUAAUGUUCAUAAAAAAAGAAUGAAAUUAAAAUUUAUCUGAAAUCCUAUAUCUAUACUAUUUCCUUUGUUUUGUUUCAUGGCAAUGAUUCAUAAGGAGCCAAAAUUAAUGCUCAAGUAGCAUCUUUGCCCCCGAUCUUGGCUGUUGAUGUAAAUUUGGCAACAACGCAACGUCAACCUUGACAUAAUCUCCAAAAUUAUAGACAAUUGUACCAAAACUGUGCUAGAUAGGGUUAAAAUGAUAAUUAAAAACUAAAGUGAAUGAAAAAAAAAGUGUCAUCACCAAUUAUUAUAAAACUUAGACACAAAUACUAAAAGUCCAAACCCAGAUUAUUUACGUUUGGAAAUGGAUUUAACAGGAUUAACAACUAAAUUAUCACUUUAUGCAUUACCAUGAUUAAUUACAGUAAUUCAAAAUACAAAAUAGCUUUUGAAUAAUUUUGGAAUAAUUGACUAUGAUUCAGCUUGGAGAUUACUUUGUGAGUGACGUAUGCGUGUCCAUUUCUAUUGCAAUUGCACAAUGAGCAGCUGAGAUCUGAGAAAGGAGGGGGAGAUUUUGAGUGAUUGAAAGCUCUGAAAAUACUGUGACAACACUGAUCAUAAUAAAAUGAAUGAUGAACCAUCUCUAUACACUUAGAAAUAAUUUAUUCAUUUUAUAAAAGAAAAGUCUAUAUACUAUCAAUAAUAUUUGUAGAUCCAUCUGAUCAAUAUCUUACUGUUGACAAGUCUCAUCAAUCUUCAUACCUACCGCAUUAAUGGACUGUUCAGAAUGCUGCUUGUAAUGAUACACAUGACUUUGUGCCUGGAGUUUGGCAAACAUGCAUUGCGUUUCAGCUACAUGCGACCAACCACCCCAAAACCAACAUUAAGUUGCAAGGGAAGGUUCUCUGUAAAUAGCCCCAAUAGUUCUCUGCCGACCGCACAGAAAUGUUGUUAGCCUAACAGAGUGCUGACAGUAAGCUAAGUCACAUCUUUUGGAAUGUUAAGUCAAAACACUUAUUUCAAUGUUAAAGGACAAGUCCACUCCAACAAAAACUCGAUUUGAAUAAAAAGAGAAAAAUUCAAGAAGCAUAACACUGAAA